AUGCCUUUGGCUAAAGAUCUCCUUCAUCCAUCAAUUGAAGUAGAACGUCGAAAACAUAAGAAGAAACGACUUGUACAAAGUCCAAAUUCGUAUUUUAUGGAUGUUAAAUGUCCAGGUUGUUACAAGAUUACAACAGUUUUCAGCCACGCACAAACCGUAGUUUUAUGUGUUGGUUGUAAUUAUGUACUCUGUUCACCAUCGGGUGGUAAAGCUCGUCUUACGGAAGGUUGUUCAUUUCGUAAGAAACGUGAUACACCAUUAUCACGCAAAGAUGAUAUUGAACGAAAUUAA